CCUCACCUUAGUUUUCACCCACCAUCUUUUUUCCUUUUAAAACAUCACAUCCUUUCCCACUACACACACAUACUCAUACACUGCACACUCUCUCUACUUAAACUUCAGCCUUUGCAUAUCUCUCUCUCUUCAUCAUUGUGCUCUAGUAAUCACACUAGUAGUCAGUAGCAGUAGUACUUGUACCCAUAACAUAACAACCAUGGCUAAUGUGUCCCUUCUCCUUUUCCUUUUGUUCUUGUCUCUCUCAUCAGGAGGGAAUUUGAUCAUGGCUAAUGGGCAGAAAACUUGGUGUGUGGCAAAGCCUUCAUCAGAUCAAGCAACCCUUUUGGCCAACCUCAAUUAUGCCUGUUCUCAAGUUGAUUGCAGGAUUCUUCAGAAAGGAUGCCCCUGCUCUUACCCUGACAAUCUCAUGAACCAUGCUUCCAUAGCCAUGAAUCUCUAUUACCAAUCCAGGGGAAAAAACCACUGGAAUUGUGAUUUCAGGGCCUCUGGAAUCGUUGUUGUCACUGAUCCAAGUUAUGGUAACUGCAUUUAUGCAUAGAAGAAGGGUGGAGUACAUAAACUAAAGUAUCCAAUGUAGGCAAAAUUUGUUGGUGAAUUUAUGUGCUGCUGUAAUUUUGUGGUGUAUGUAGUUGUAUUUAAUUAGGUUGUAAUAUAAAUGUAUGCCGCAUUACAAGAAAUAAAAAAUAUGCCCUUUCUUAUGUUGGAAAUUUCAAUAACCUAAGUUGUGUUUACGGAAUGCAAUAUGCGGUGAAAGGCAGAAGGAUUGUAAAAUCCAAUUUGUUGUCUCAUCAGGGAUUCAGGGUUUUGUACUUUAUAGUGCUCAAAUUCAUAAAAAAAA